GCCAAUUGGGGAAUGCCUCUGUAUGACAUACAACGUGAUCCUAAUGCGAAUUCAUUUUGUGAUAUUUGCUAUGUUAGGCAAGUGUCUGAGCAAGAAAGCAAAGAGUUGGCUGCUCAGUGGCAUUGCCCUAGUAUUGAAGUUUCAGCAAAGCAUAAUGAAAACAUCAGUAAGGUCUUCGAUCUUCUUAUUGCUGAAAUUGAGAAAGUUAACAAUCCUCCGCCUGAAGAUAAGAGCAACUGUAUUAUUUCGUAGAUUCUUACCUAUAAAGUGCCACAUUUUUUAUUGCGAUAUCUGUGUUCUCGUGCCUACCCAAAUAAUCUGCUUUCAUUGAUCGGCCGUUUUUUCUCACAAGAGAUAAAAGAGUUUUAAUUUGAGUAUGGGUGAAUAUCGCCAAUACUUACAGAAGCUUUCAACCCAUUCGCCCACUACUGCAUUCUUAUGCAAGGCAUUUCUUGGUCUUAAACUCCUUGAUGAAUUUUUCCUUGGUCUACAUUUAAGCAAAGAUGCUCUGACAUGUACCAUCAUUAACGAUCACUAUACCCCGGUGUACCGAAGGGUCAUUGAUUUCAAAAAGGAUCUUCCGGCUGACUAUACAAAGAACUAUGACUCCAACCCAGCAGCAACGUGGGUCGCAUCAUUGGACAAAUUGUUUACUGAUAUUGCUGAGUCGCUCGAAUUUGAUCUGGGUCGCGUGAGCGCCAUUGGAGGCAGUACGGAACCUGGUCUAGCGAUUUGGAAGGAAGGAACGGAGGUGGUGCUUAGAAAUUUAGACCUUACUUCAUCGCUAUCUCAGCAAUUGGAAGGCAUGCUAUUGCCGCUAGACAUGGAUUCGAAAAGCUUAAAUUCGGAUAGGACAUCUCUCGACGACAAUAGCGAACCUACCACAAAAAAUUUGAUUAACCAGCUGUUACAGCUUACAGACGAUAUCGUUAGACAGUCAGAGCGAAUAUCUCUUCCAGGAUCGUUACUGGCAAGCUUACUGAUUGGGAAGUACGCCGAAACGGAUAUUUCGGAUGCUUCGAUGGCAGGGAUAUGGAAUAUACAUGAGCAUGCACUGGACAAUCGCUUGAUAGACCGUAGCAAGGACAUGAAGGAAAAACUCGGUUCCUUCACCAGCAAAUCUGAUAGCCUAGGUCAUCUUACCUCAUAUUGUGCUAAAAGAUGGCGCAUGUCAACAAAGUGCGUUGUGCUACCUUUCGUGAACUGCGAAUCUGUCGAUCUCAUCAACUUAAAUCUCAUCAAUGGCGAUUGUCUUUUCAACAUGGAUAAACGAGAUUCUCUAUCUUGGUAUGUUCCUGCCAUCACAACACAAAAACAAUGUCUGAAUUUCAUCAUGGAACCAAGACACCCAGAUCUUAAAUUUUAUCGCACAUCUUUAUUGACUGGAACCAAGAUAAGGAGCAGGACUUACGGUGAGGAGUGGGUCCAAUUUGGAAACAGUCUUCGCAAUUUGGAUCCUGGCUGUCAUGCCAAAGACAACGAUAUACCAAAAGUUACCCGUUUUAGCUUUGUGCAACGGGAACAGCAGCAGCAAGAUCCACCAAAACCACUGGAACAAGGAGAUAAUAGCGAAACACUCACUAUACGUCGGUAUGAGGACGGCGAAAUGGUAGAUGCGUUUCAACCGAGACAGAAGGAAAUGCCUGAAGAGACCAAGUUAGAAUGGGAGACAAGUCACCUGUCACUGGACCAGCUAAUUCACUUCAAGAUUGCGCAAUAUGACGCACGGUCCUUAAUUGAUACCAUGCUCCUGUCAAUUCGAUUUCAACUGGACGGCAUCUCUCAGGGACGGUCAGGUGUCAUACAAAGAAUCAUGGUUCUCGGCCAUGACCCACUGAGUACAAGCGGAAGUCUUCUUCAACUUGUUAGCAAUGCACUCAAUUUGCGUGUUUUCAAAUUAAGAAAAACGAUUGAAACAGGUACGAGUAGCGCGGAUACCAGAUGCAUUUUAGUUGGUCUUCUUUCUCGAUUUUAUCUUCUUCGUACCGAUGCAUUGAAAGAACUCGAGCAACCGGGUCCAAUUGAAGCAUCGCUGGUCGAUGAUCCCAAGCUACAAAACGCUACGUGGGAGGACGCCGUUCAGAAAGAACGUUCAUCCAAGGAGGAAAAGGCUAUUACAACGUUCUCCAAAAUGAUUGAUAAUGAUGCAAUAAUUCGACAUGAUCAUUUACUAAUUGCUGAACCCCAGCCUUCAGAGGUAGAAAAAUAUGAUGCAUUGUAUAGAGAAUUUUGUCAUUGUCGAAGGACGAUGUUCAAAAAUGAAUAAACCUUGCGCCAGAAUAGAACAUCAAGCAUAUUCUUAUUCUAUAGCUUCAAUUGCUUAGCGAAAUGAAAGUAUUUCAAAUAAUGCACUUGAAAAGAUA